AUGGGUAAGGAGAGCGGGCCAAGAGGGAAUGCUAGGUCCUUGACCCCGGGCUAAGUGCCGCGGUCGGACGGGGUGGACUGGGAGCUGUGGAGGACGCUGAGUUCGCCAGUCGGAACAGGGGCCCCAGCCCGGCAUGGGCGGGGACUGCCUGGGACUCGGGGGCUCCCGGGGUCGUCAUGGCAACGCGCCCCCUCCCUCGUUCCGGCCUCUUCCCGUCCAGGUUCUGGGGCUUAGUGGCCAAGGGCUGGAAGUCCUACGGCGUCCAGGAGCGAAGACAGGGCCGGGCGGGGUGUCAUUCCGGUGUCGGGGAGCAGUCGGGGAGGGGCAAUGACUUUUCAAGUUUGGGGGUGGCGGAGGGAAGACGCACCUCAGGUUUUGGCCUGGGUGCCUGGCGCCGAGGGCGGGAGAGCUGGAGUGCCGAUGCGUAGGAGCCUGGCUACAAAAGACCCCACAGCUGUAGAGAGAGCAAACUUGUUAAACAUGGCUAAACUGAGUAUCAAAGGACUCAUUGAAUCUGCUCUGAGCUUUGGCCGCACUUUGGAUUCUGACUAUCCCCCCUUGCAGCAAUUCUUUGUUGUUAUGGAACAUUGUCUGAAGCAUGGUCUUAAAGGUAUCUCUGUUAUCUUUGGGCUGGAGCUGUUUUCUGACCAAUUGGUUGUUCUCUUUAGGACCCCUCUGGGUCGAGCAAGAGCGUGGCUUCGGUUAGCCCUCAUGCAAAAAAAAAUGGCUGAUUAUCUGCGUUGCUUAAUUAUUCAGAGGGAUCUUUUGAGUGAGUUUUAUGAGUAUCAUGCACUAAUGAUGGAAGAAGAAGGAGCAGUAAUUGUUGGGCUGCUGGUUGGCCUGAAUGUGAUCGAUGCUAAUCUUUGUGUGAAGGGAGAGGAUUUAGACUCACAAGUUGGAGUGAUUGAUUUUUCUAUGUAUUUAAAGAAUGAAGAAGAUAUUGGAAAUAAAGAAAGGAAUGUUCAAAUUGCUGCAAUAUUAGACCAAAAGAAUUAUGUUGAAGAAUUAAAUAGACAACUGAACAGCACAGUCAGCAGCCUCCAUUCACGAGUUGAUUCAUUAGAAAAGUCAAAUACUAAGCUGAUUGAAGAGUUAGCAAUAGCAAAGAAUAAUAUCAUUAAACUCCAAGAAGAAAAUCAUCAAUUACGAAGUGAAAAUAAAUUGAUUUUAAUGAAAGCACAGCAGCACCUAGAGGUUACCAAAGUAGAUGUGGAAACUGAGCUUCAAACAUAUAAGCAUUCUCGUCAGGGGCUAGAUGAAAUGUAUAAUGAAGCCAGAAGGCAGCUUCGAGAUGAAUCUCAGUUACGACAGGAUGUGGAGAAUGAGCUCGCAGUACAAGUUAGUAUGAAGCAUGAGAUUGAACUUGCCAUGAAGUUGCUGGAGAAAGAUAUCCAUGAGAAACAAGAUACUCUGAUAGGUCUUCGACAACAACUAGAGGAAGUUAAAGCAAUUAACAUAGAGAUGUAUCAAAAGUUGCAGGGUUCUGAAGAUGGCUUGAAAGAAAAAAAUGAAAUAAUUGCCCGACUAGAAGAAAAAACCAAUAAAAUUACUGCAGCCAUGAGGCAGCUGGAACAAAGAUUGCAGCAAGCAGAGAAGGCGCAAAUGGAAGCUGAAGAUGAGGACGAAAAAUAUCUACAAGAAUGUCUCAGUAAAUCUGACAGUCUGCAGAAACAAAUCUCCCAAAAGGAGAAACAGCUGGUGCAACUGGAAACUGACUUGAAGAUUGAGAAGGAAUGGAGGCAGACUUUGCAGGAAGAUCUUCAAAAGGAGAAAGAUGCCUUAUCUCAUCUUAGAAAUGAGACUCAACAAAUUAUUAGUCUUAAAAAAGAGUUCCUUAAUCUCCAGGAUGAAAAUCAGCAGUUGAAAAAAAUAUAUCACGAACAAGAGCAAGCUCUUCAAGAACUCGGCAACAAACUUAGCGAAUCAAAACUUAAAAUUGAAGACAUAAAAGAAGCCAACAAAGCAUUGCAGGGGCUGGUUUGGCUGAAAGACAAAGAAGCAACACAUUGUAAACUUUGUGAAAAGGAAUUCUCACUCUCUAAGAGAAAGCACCACUGUAGAAACUGUGGGGAAAUUUUCUGUAAUGCCUGCUCUGACAACGAACUACCUUUGCCUUCUUCACCAAAACCAGUACGGGUUUGUGAUUCCUGUCAUGCAUUGCUCAUUCAGAGAUGCUCAUCUAACUUGCCCUGAGACUCCUGAACUAAAUCCUUAUGUAUGAAAGUACCUACAAUGAAUGUUACGACGUAUACAAGGUAACCAGACAGCUCUUCUUAAGCGGCUUUCAGUCAGUAUUUGUACCAGUUUUAUCUUCUACAUAUUCAACUCAUAGAAAUUGCAAGUUAUGUAUUUAUUUCUCUAUUGUUAUUCAAAAGGAAUUUUCAACAGAGCAUGCUUAAAAAUCAUGUAACUUCAUUAAAAGGCCAGAUAGCAGAGCUAACACACAUUUGCCUUAUCUUUUAAAGGCCUUCUUAAAAAUAAGGCUUCAGAUUGUUGUUCUUCUGAAUUCCGUCAAUUUGGUAUUUGAUGGUGCCUGCAAUUCUCUUAAUGCACUUUAAAGCUUCACAGUUCUGAGACUGGAAAUGCGUAAAACUUUAUUAAUAUUCAACAGAUUUUAAUUAUCUUUUUAAGAUUUCACCUAUAUUUAUUUGUCCCUCUUCCCCCGCACCCCCUUACCUUUGCCUCUUUUGCAUUAGACAGGGCCAAUAUUUUGUCCUACAAAAUUUCUUCUUGGUCUAAAAUCAGUUAUUGUGCUUGAUGAUUUUCAACUACAGUGGAUUAAAUUAAAAGGGGCAUUAUUUGAUCUCAGCCUCAACUUUUUUCUUUCUCAUCUUGAAAGGGUGUUACAUAUAACCAUUUCUUUUACCCGAGUUAUAGAUCUUCCCAUAUGUUGUUUCACUAAAUUGCUAUUUUUUAAAGGGGUGAUUCAGACCCUAAUUCAAAGAUGAAAACUCAAAUCCCUCCCCAGAAAAAAAUGUACAUAAUACUAGGGGAUAUUACAGGCUCCUUAUAGAGAUCCUCUCUAACCAUUAAAAGUGAGAAAAAAAACCAGAACUUUGCUUUAGUAAUGUAUUAAGAGUUCAGUUCAAAAAAUUUUGUGUGAACAUUUUCAUUGGAGUAAAUUCUAGGAAGCAUCAGACUGUAGUGGCCUACCAGUAUACAUCCACAGUAAAAUUUCACCGUCUAUUGAGCACCUCUAUGCCAGGGUGUUGAGAUGAUGAAACAUACACUUGAACUAUUUCAAGCUGACUCAAUGAACACUAAUCCAAGUUAUAUUGCUUAUGGCAUACCAACAAUUUAACUUGUAUAAAAUGACCUCUGAAUAGUCACAUACACACUAUCACCAUUCAGCAUCCUAUUUUUUACAUUAAUUUUCAACCAUGCACUUUUAAGUUUGUGAGCCUAUAAAAUAUACAUAGAAAUUUUAUGCAUUAAGAGCAUUAUAUUUAGUGAUUAAUCCUAGGUACCUCCCUGCCCAUAAGGAGUUGCUUAAUACUGCAGAUCUUUUCCUCAUGAAUAUAUAGUUCCAUGAAAAAAAUUUAAAAUUUUUCUAAACAGCCUAAGUAUGAAACCAGUACUUCACUUGAAGAUGUUUUCUUCAAAACCCAUAAAUUUCAUCAGCUGAAGUGUCAGAUCUGACUCAGAUUUUUAAGAUGGUCUUUCUUGAAUACUGAUAGAAAUGUCCUCAAGACAGGAAUUAUAUUCUUGAACCAUUUUGUAUUGAUAGGUGGGAUGGGCUAACAUUUUUAUGAUUACUGAAUAAGCAGCAAAAAUGAAAAUUUUCAAAUAGGUUUUUCUAUUACUGUGCUUAGAACAAAUUUAAAAAUGACUUAAGUUGCUUACCUUCCAAGGCUGAUGUCAUUCAACACCGAUUUUUUAGUCACCUUUUAAGUCUCUUCACUUUUCAACUCAAAUCACCACUGACUUGGGCUUUUCUUUUUUUAAGGCAGCUUUUAUGACAGCAACUUGCUACCACUGUAGUUUUAGCUUAUUUAAAAACUACACUAAUUUUGGAUUUUUGUUACAAAACUUUUAACAAUUUGUAUUUUGUGAUUGUGAACUCAUAUUCGUUUUACUUUUCAAAACAGAUUUAACAUACCAUUCCCUCACCUACUAGUACUACCACAAUAAUGCUAUCAUGGUGCCAAGGAAUUAUGAUUGUAAUUCUUCUAACCUAUAAUGUUUAAAAAAUAAAAUGUGUAUUUUAUGAACUAAAUAAAGAUUUGGAAAAUACUGUAUACUUUUAUUGCUUAAAGAUGUUAAAAGGGUAUCCUCGGAAAAUAAAACAUGCAACUUUCAAAAAAGACAGGUGGUAUACGCCCUAAUAUUUAACUUGCUAAUUAAAGGAAGUGGAUACAGCAUUAAGAUGAAUUGUUGCUUGAGUCAAGAAGCUCCAUAUAUAUAGACUAUCCUGGAUCCCUCUCCUAAAUCUUGUUAGACAUCGUAUGUACUACCUUCUACCAAUUCGAUUUAGAAUUAGUAAUUGACACGAAGCAUUCUAGGACACACGCCAUACUAUUAUCUCCCACAUUGACAUUUAUUACAUUAAUAUGAUUUCUGGCAAAAACAAGUAACAAGUUCAAUAACUAACUGAAUUUACAUAGACAGGUUUCAUUUUGAUUCAUUAGCCAAUUUGGAAAAAAGCCAUUAUUGAUCAAAGGGAUUAAAAUUAAAAAGCACCUUUUCCUUGCUACAUAUAGAUUCUUUAAAACUCCAGAUAUCAGAUACAAAACCCAACUGCAGGAUUGUUUUGACUAUGACAUGGACUUGAUGCUUACAUUUUUAAAAAAGUCAUCAUUUAUUUAUACAGUUAUUUAAAGACCAUAUGUUCUAUUGGGGAGAAAACUGCAAAUACAUUUGUGAGAAUUGUACUCCAUAGUAAAUACCCAAGUACUUACACUGAAUUCUUGUGUCACUGAGAACCUUAACCCUACUCUAAGACAUCUUGAGAUAACUUGCAAUUAUCACUUAUUUGGUGAUAUUUUUGGUAUUCUGGUCAAGUGCUGAUGGGAUUUUACUUCAAAAUCUAGGGCUAGAAUUCAAGCUUCCAACACUCCCAUACCCAGGUAACACAAUCAUGAAUAUUCAGAAAUCAAUACCUCUUAGAUCAUCAACAUUUCAGAGCUAUGCCUGAUAAACGACAGUUGAAAAAUAAUAAUAUAGAAAUAAUUAGCUGAAUUUAUACUCCUGAAGCCUCUUCAUCUUUAGGCUUUGUAUUUACAGUGUUGUCCAGAAGGAAUUAAAAAGUUACACUAAUUAUUUGUCAAGCUCUAUUCCAGACGUCUGCUUAAGCCUUGCAGUUUAGGCAGAGGUGAACCAUUAUCCUCUAAAAUUACACCACACUACUUCUUGUAGAACUAAUAGUAAAAUACAUCAACCCAAAUCUUAUGAAGGCAGCACAUCUUUAGGAGUAACUAGUAUAUAAAAAGUAUCAACAUCAGUGGUUUGAAUAUAAAAAUUUAUUUUUAAGUCAAAGUAUGCAACAAAUAAACCUACAGAAAACAGAUUUUCCCAUCACAAUCUGUUGCUUUACCAAAUAAUAUUUUGAAAACACAUUCCUUCAGUCAUUAUAAAGUUCUU